AUGGCCCAUGCCCGGAUCUCCAUGUAUUUGCCCCCAGAUAUCAACCCCACCCAGGCUGCCAUUGCCUAUGGCUGUCGGGCCCUGCCAAAGCUGAACGAGGAGCUGCAGUCAGAGGACCUGCUAACAAGGCAGAAAGCCCUCAUGGCCCUGUGUGACCUCAUGCACGACCCUGAGUAUGUCUAUGAGGCCAUCAACAUAGGCUGCCUGGAGAGCCUGAAAGGUUUGCUGAAGGACAUUGACGAUGUUGUCCGGAUAAAAGCCACAGAGGUGCUCAACAUCAUGGCGACCCAUAAUGUGGGCAGAGAUGGCUUUUUGGAGAAUGACAUCAUCUAUUCCCUGUCUUUCCUGCUGAAUGAUCCCCACCCCAUCUGCCGGAAGAACCUUCAUAAGGCAUACAAGCAGCUGGCCCAGCUGCCUUCAGGGGCCCAAGGCAUCGUCAGCAGCGGCCUGAUCCCCUCGCUGGUAUGGAAGCUGCAGAAAGAAGAGGAGGUGAUCCAGGAGCUCAUUUUGGACACGCUGGCCCAUUGCCUGCAAGAGGACGCCACCGAGGCCCUGGGCAGCCAAGUGGUGCUCUUUCUAAAGCAGAAACUCCUCAGCAGCAAUGAAAUGAUCCGUAGCAAGGCCGCCUACACACUCAUGGCUGUCAGCAUCCCCCUGGAGGGCAAGAACCAGGUGUGGCGCAAUGGUGUCAUCCCCAUCUUGGUGCAUCUGCUGAAAGAUAAGGCAGAGGAGGUGCAGGCCAGCGCCGCCGCGGCUCUGAUGUAUGCCACUGUGACCACAGAAGGGAAGUAUGCAGCCCUGGACGUAGAUGCCAUCAGCCCGCUCCUGGACCUGCUGUGCUCACCCAUGCAUAAGGUGCGUCUGAACGCCACCAAGGCCCUCACCAUGCUGGCCGAGGCACCUGAGGGCCGCAAAUUUCUGCAGUCCCACCUACAUGUCUUCCAUUUCCUCCGGGGGGAGCCCAACAAGGCCCUACAGCAGGCAGCCCGGAUUGCCCUCAAAGUCAUCGAGUGGAAACCCUGA